AUGUCACUCGAGAAGGAGCCUAUCGGCAACGUCGUCAUCGCGACCCACAACGGGGUCCUUGACGCAGAAGCCACUCACAGCUAUGUCAUUGACCCAGUGGCCGAGGCCAGGCUGGUCCGGAAACAAGACCUACGCGUGCUGCCUAUGAUUUUCCUGAUGUACUUCCUGACCUUCCUUGACCGCACCAAUCUCGGCAAUGCGAAGGUGGCUGGCAUGGAGACGGAUCUGGGCCUGGGGACGUACGGCUUCAACAUUGGCGCCUGCUUGUACUACACCAUCUACUUCUUCGCCGACAUCCCCGCGUCUUUGGCGGUCAAGAAGUUUGGCUUCCUGGUUCUGCCCCUGAGUUGCAUCGCCUUCGGCCUGGUCACGCUUUGCACGGCUUUCAUCCAUAACCAAGCGAGCUUCUACGCGAUCCGACUGCUUCUCGGGCUGACGGAGUCGUUUCAAUUCCCCGGGCUCAGCUAUGUCGUAUCGCGAUACUACCGCCGCCAUGAAGUCACGACACGCGUCUCAUUCUUCAUGCUCGCUGCGGCUGGGCUGGCGGGUGGGUUUGGUGGUCUACUGGCGUCGGCGUUGUUGUCCGUAGGAAGCAUUGGAAGCAUCCACUCUUGGAGGAAUAUCUUCCUGGUCGAAGGGAUUAUUACAAUUGGCCUGGGUGUCCUUUCCCUAUAUCUGUUUCCAGCCGACCCCUCCAAGACUCGCAUCUUCAACGACGCCGAGCGCACACUGGCCAUGGCACGCUUGUUCCAUGACCAACCCGCCAUACGAGAGCACAAGGAAAAGAUCUCAUGGUCCCUUAUCAGACGCGGCGUGAUCAACGUCAAUGUGAUCGUCGGCGCUUGGAUCUACAUAUGUGAUCAGAUCACGGUGCAGGGUCUUUCAAUCUUCACGGUCACCAUUCUGCGCCUCAACUACCCGGGCCGGUCUACUGUCGAGAUCCAGCUGCUCUCGGUCCCGCCUCCGCUCGUAGGCAUGUUGUUCGGCCUUGGAGUGGCGUAUGUCACGAUGAAGACACAAAAGCACGGUAUCGCCAUCGCUGGGUGUGCGGGGUUGAAUGUCGUUGGCUACUCCAUCUGGCUUGCUUCUAGCAACGUCCAAGCUCGAUACGCGGCCAUCUUCCUCAACACGGCGGGUGGGUAUAGUUUCGGCACACUGAUUCUGGGCUGGACCUUGUCCAAUGCCGCUCCAGAUACCGUCAGGAACGUGGCGAAUGGCGCCGUUUCUGGAUUUGCCAACAUUGGUUCUAUCGCAGCCACUUGGAGCUACCUCAACACCGACGCGGGUACAGGGUAUCGCAUUGGCAACUCGCUGAACACAGCAACUGCCAUUUCAGUCAUCAUCGCGUCGUUGCUGCUCGUGGUGUACCAGCGGAGGGAGAACAAGAAACGCGCAGAGGGCGGCCGUGACUACCGCCUGGAAGCUCCCGAGGAGAAGGUUGCAACUCUGGGCCAUUUGCACCCCCAGUUCAGGUACAUCAACUAG